AAGUGAAAAAAGUUUGCUACGUUAUCUAAAGAUUGAAUUUUGGCGACGAUGUCCGAAUCCGACGCAAAUGUCCCGGAGGUGAUCGUCGCAGCACGAAGCCCAGUGCCCCAGCAGUGUAACUUCUCCAACAUAUUGAAACCGACUCUCCAGGACAAUGACUUCCUUCAAAGCUUCGUGCGUAUCGGUCUCGACGAUGGCUCGGAGGCUCGUCAUGCGACUUUCGCCGAUGACAAGCACUCCAAGAGGAAAGAUUCAUUCGGCGCGGGUAGCCGCCAGCUGCAGCAGCAACAGCAGCAGCAACAGCAGCAGCAGCAACAACAGCAGCAGCAGCAGCAGCAGCAGCAGGACUCCGGCGUGGAGAAUCGUCGUUCAUCGCGGCCACGCGUCACCUGCACGAGCAAUCGCAGCGUCGAGGAAAUGCUCGCGGAAGACCUGAAGCAGCAGAGAUCCCGCAAGCGACGCCGUCGCAAGAGCGACGUUCACCGCCAGGAGGAAGUCUACACGGACAAGGAUCGAGCGGCAGCGGUGAACAUGGGCAGCCGGGAUAUCAAGCAGUCCCUCAAGCUCAAGCGCAAGCAAGACCGUAGCAGGGCCCUGCAGAUCCCCGAGGAGGCCGAGCCGAGCGCCAUGCUGGCACUCGGCAUGCGGGAGCUGAGGGUCGGCAACGUGUCGGUCGCUUUCAGCUGCAUCGACAAGGCACUGGAAUUGAGUCCGAGCGACAAGAACGCGCUGAUAGCGCGCAGCAGGUGUCACUUGCUGCUGGGCCAGCCGCGGCAGGCGCUGGAGGACGCGGAGGCGGCACUACGCGGCCGCGCCAAGGACCCGCGCAAUGCCAAGGCUCUGUUCGCCAAGGCGGAGGCGCUCUAUCACCUCGGCGACUUCGAGCUGAGCCUCGUGUUCUACUAUCGCGGCAUGAAGAUCCGACCCGAGUUCGAUCAGUUCAGACUCGGAGUGCAGAAGGCCAAGGAGGCCAUACAGAACAUUCUGGGUCAUAACGCGGUAGCCGUGCCGAAGAGGUCGUCGUCGUCUCGCAACGAGAGCAGCCACGGCCGCGCCACCGAGAAGUCGGACGAGUUGGCCACGGCCCGCGCCAAAAUCUGCAGUCCAGUAACGGUCGUGGGCUCGGACAAGUCCGCCGACAGCGCCAACAACAAUAGGGCGUCCUGCAGUCGCGAGCUCGACGCUAACGGCGCGACAGCGCCGACGACACGGCCGUCCGCCUCCAAACACAGCUCCGUCGGCAAUCGGAACAGACGAUUGCGCAGCAAUGCCAAACGGUCGAAUAUCAAUCAGGACAUGCAUCUGCUGGCGCAACUCAAUGCGGACAAACGCUAUCUGCAGAAUCUCAUCAAACGACCCGGUGAGCUGUUUGAGUUUUCGCAUUUUCACAAUGCAAUCGUGUCCGAGCAAUGUCUUCUUAGCUAUGUAUGUCUUGAUCGAGCCAAGCAUCAUAUAGCGUCGUGCAGUUUCGGCGUCUGUUCGCUCGGCAAUAACGGACUGAAGGUUGCAGUGGAAUCGGCAGGGUCGCGCGCCAAAGACGUAACCUACCAGAUGUCGAGGCGACGAGAGUCGAGUGCAAAGUCUGACGAUAAAUCGCAUUGCGGAUGGGUCCACGGAAUCAGCGGCCCGGUGAUCGUGGCCGAUCGGAUGUACGGCAGCGCGAUGUACGAGCUCGUCAGGGUCGGCCACGAGAAGCUCCUCGGCGAAGUGAUUCGACUCGACAACGAUACGGCCACCAUUCAAGUUUACGAAGACACCAGUGGAUUGACGGUAGGCGACCCGGUAAUACGUUUGGGCCGGCCGCUGUCCGCGGACUUGGGUCCCGGCCUAUUAGGCUCGGUGUUCGACGGCAUUCAACGCCCGCUGCAUCGCGUCCACGAGAAUAGCCGUUGGUCUGUCUACGUGCCCAAGGGAUUGGAUUUGCCAACCGUGUGCAGGACCAAGCUCUGGGAAUUUCACCCGCUGACGUUCAGACCGAACGCCUGCCUGACCGGCGGCGACGUGUUAGGCUACGUGUACGAGAACCGACUGGUCAGGCAUCGCGUGAUGCUGUCGCCCGAGAGCCGCGGAAGGCUGACGCACAUCGCGGCCGCGGGCAGUUACGCGGCCGACGAGCCGAUCGCCGAGCUGGAGUUCGAGGACGCGAGGAGCGAGCACGCGAUGCUGCACAGCUGGCCAGUGCGCAGGUGCAGACCCUCGGCCGAGAAGCUGGGCUACGCGCGUCCCCUGCUGAGCGGCCAGCGCGCCCUCGACGCCCUGUUCCCGUGCGGGCAAGGCGCGAGCGUCGCCUUGCCCGGGGCUUUCGGCUGCGGCAAGACCGCGCUGGCCCAGUCCCUCGCCAAGUUCUGCAACAGCGACGUGGUCGUGUACGUGGGCUGCGGCGAGCGGGGCAACGAGGUGGCCGAGCUGCUGAGGGACUUCUCCGGGCUGCGCGUGCAGGUGGACGGCGCGCGGGAGCCGAUAAUGAAGCGCACGAGCAUCGUGGCGAACGCGUCGAACAUGCCGGUAGCGGCGCGCGAGGCCUCCAUCUACACCGGCAUCGCCCUGGCCGAGUACUUCCGCGACCAGGGCUUCGAGGCCUCGCUGAUGGCUGACUCGACGUCGCGCUGGGCCGAGGCGCUUCGCGAGAUCGGCAGCCGCCUCGGCGAGAUGCCCGCCGACGCCGGCUACCCGGCUUACCUGUCCGCCCGGCUGGCUGGCUUUUACGAGCGAGCCGGCCGAGUCCGCUGCCUGGGCUCUCCGCGGAGGGAGGGCUCGGUCAGCAUCGUCGGUGUGCUGUCGCCGCCCGCGGGCGACCUGGCCGACCCGGUGACCUGCUCGACGCUUGGCGUCGUGCAGACCUUCUGGGCGCUGGACAGGCGACUGGCCGAGAGGAAGCACUUCCCCGCCGUCAACUGGUCGGUGAGCUACAGCAAGUGUGUCGGCGCGCUGGGCCACUUCUACGAGGCGGCGUUCCCGCAGCUGCCGCGGUAUCGUCGACGAGCUCUGCGGAUUCUUCAGCGGCAAGAGGAGCUCGGCGAGCUGCUUCGACUCGUCGGCCGCGCGUCCUUGUCGGACUCGGACAAAGUCCUGCUGGACGUUGCCAAGCUUCUCACCGAUGACUUUCUCCAGCAGAACGGCUACUCCAGCUACGAUCGCUAUUGCCCGUUCUAUAAGACCUACGCUAUGCUUCGUAACAUCGUUUGCUUCCACGACCUCGCCAAACAAACCCUCCAUCGCGACGUCGCUUGGGAAGCGCUGAAGGAACAGCUGAAGGACGUCUUGCAUAGACUGUCAAUCAUGAAGUUCUUGUGUCCUUUGGCCGAUGGAGAGAAUGUUAUUGUGAAAGAGCUGGAUCUGUUGUACGACGACAUGCACAGGAUUUUCGAGACACUACGAAAUAAUAUUGUAAAAAUAAGGCACUGCCAGACUCCACUGCGUUAAUCAUGAACAUUUGGUUUCUUUUUGAUUUUAGAUGUAAAAGCGGCUCAUCAACCAUCUGCGGAACACAUAAUCAA